AUGGAGCUUCUGGAUCAAUCGCAUUGCUUUGCUCUUGGAUUGAUCUUCGAUGUUCCGCAAAUGACGUGGGCGUUAAACGCUCAACCGUUACAGAGUAUGUUGAGGCCGAGCCUCGGCGGAUUGUCAGGCAUCCGAGGCAUCCGUUUUCAUCUUCAUUCUUCAGGAAUAUCCAAUCUGGAUUGUCAUAAUCGAUCGUAUCAAUUAGAUCAAUUAAUUAGCUAUUCUUUCUUUAUUUUACUAUGCGUUUCUAUGCAAUAUCUUUUUGUCGUUUAUCACUGUCUGUAUCCGAUAUAUCCUGUGCAACCCACCUAUCCCAACAGCACGACCUGAUGAUAGUGCCACAUUCCAAAUACCGUCAGAAUAACCUUUGGAUAACAUCAUAAGAUCCUUAUUCAUCCCUUGUAUCACCGUGGCUUAUUUCAGACUCUCCUCGCUUCCUGAUCCUUUGAUCCGUACUCCAGACUACUCCAUCUCCGACUUCCUACAGAGUAACUCCGCAGAGGAUCUCCAUUGCUCCGUUCCCCUGCUUACAAGCCUUUGACCCCUGGGGUACUCCGAUUUAUCCUUGUAGAAUUAUUAGUAACGUAAUCUAUAUCAGAG